UACAUAAUGAAAUGUUUUAUUAAUCGCAGUUACAUUUUGUCAUUUGAUUUAUAUGUAUAUAUAAAAAAAAAGUUAAUAAUAUGUGAUUGCAAUGAGUAAAUUUACAAUAAUAAUAUGUAUUUUUGGAAUUAUUGGAUUUGAUCUGUCAUUUCAAAUUUCUUCUUUUGAAACUCGAAUUGUUGGUGGCCAAGAUACAAAAAUUCAAGAUGUCCCAUAUCAACUUUCUCUAUGGUAUAAGGAAAAAUUUAUUGGCGGAGCUUCGAUUAUUCAUUUAAAAUGGGCUAUUACAGCUGCUCAUUGUGUUUCAGAAAAAGGCCUUAAUAAAAAUGAUUUAAAAGUUGGUGCUGGAAAUGAAUUAAAAGAAAAUGGAAUUUUUUACAAAAUACAAACAGUUAUUAUUCAUAAAUUAUAUAAUAAAUAUACAGCUGAUAAUGAUAUUGCAUUGCUUGAAAUUCAAAAUAAUUUUAAUUUUGGGAGCACAAUUAGGGCUGUGAAUCUUCCAGAGGGAACUUUUGAACCCUCUUCUGGUUUAGAAGUAAUUGUUUCUGGAUGGGGAUACACACAGACACAAAACAAAAAGGAUUCUGAUAUAUUAAAAAAAGUUUCAAUAUUAAUUGUGAAUCGUGAUGAUUGUAAGGCAAAUUAUAAGAAAAUAAAUCGUCCAAUUACUAAAAAUAUGAUUUGCGCUGGUGAUUUAAAACAAGGUGGAAAAGAUGCUUGUAUUAAUGAUUCAGGUGGACCAAUGGUGGCAAAUAAUAAACUUUAUGGAAUUGUAUCGUGGGGCAAUGGUUGUGGUAGUAAAAAUUAUCCUGGAGUUUAUUCACACGUUGCAAAUUAUAUUAAUUGGAUUAAACAAAAUAUGAAGAUAUAAUUUUUUUUUUUCUUUAAAAA